UUUUUUUUUAUCUAUCCCCCAUUACAUUAUUAAACACAUGGAAAGUUGAGGACUUGAGGUGUUCAAAAACACUUUUGUCACAUCCCCUCUUAAUUCAAAUCAAAUCUUUUUCAUAAUAGUCCUUUUUUCAACUCUCCAUCCCAAAAUUUAGUAGCCGUUGUACCCCUCUUCUCAAAAUUAAAAUUGUACAGAGUACCAUUACUAUUUAUUCAAUCUAAUUAAUCCAGACAAAUUACAAACUACAAAAAACCCCUCAUUUUCAUUAGAUUUGGUAACCCCUUUCCUAUAUUUAAUCCACUCUAAACUUCCUUUUUCUUUAAAUAUCUGGGGUUUUCAAAGAUAUCUCCUUUUUUACGUUAAAUAUCACCAAAUUUCUCCCUUUUUCUGGGUUUCCUCUGCACAAUCUGAACUGGGUUUUUUUUCUAAAUUUGUAAUUCAUAUCUGGGUUUUUAUUAUUAAUCAAACAGCACCCUUUUUUGAGUAAGUUUUUAGCGGUUGAGUAGUAAUUUUCACUAAUUUUCUUUCUAUAUUAUUUUAUUUUUGUAAUUUUAAAAUAUUAAUAUUGAAGUAACUGGUAAGUUUUUAUUGGAUUUCAUUGAUAUUUGUAACUUAUAAAUCGAAAUUUUUUCUUUCUAAUUCAACACAUUAACUUCACGAUCUCCAUUUUUUUGGGGAAAACCAAAGUUGGAGAGAGAAUAAUCCCAGAAUUCUCGCCGACUCAUUGAGUCACCGACCCACUCACUUCUAUAUAUAAACCGUUUUCUUGUCAAAUUCUUUCCUCAUUUACUCUCAGCUAGUAAUUUUUUUUCUCCUGAAAAUUGAAGUAAAACCCACAAAAAUCAUACAUUUUUAUUCAUUUCUCACAUUUUAUAUUGUUUUCCACGGAAUUUCAGAUUUAUUCAACCAAUACCCAUUUCCAAAAAAAAAAAAAAAAAAAAAAAAAUAAAAAACCCAUUAAUUUUUUUUAUUGAAAAAAUGUGGGUUAAUUUUGGAAGUUAUUUGAUGAUUUGGGUAUUUUUUAUAAUGUUAUGGAGUGAUAAUAGUAAAGUUGAAGGGCUUGGAGUUAAUUGGGGAACACAAGCCAAUCACAAAUUACCUCCAAAUACAGUGGUACAAAUGUUAAAAGAUAAUGGGAUUCAAAAAGUGAAGUUGUUUGAUGCUGAUGAAUCUACUUUGAGUGCUUUUAGUGGUACUAAUAUUGAAGUUAUGGUUGCUAUUCCUAAUGGUGAUUUAAAUGCUAUGCUUGAUUAUAAACGAGCUCAAAAAUGGGUUGAGAAGAAUGUCACACGUUACCAUUUUAGAGGUGGUGUUAAUAUCAAAUAUGUUGCUGUUGGAAAUGAACCUUUUCUAAAAUCUUACAACGGCACAUUUGAGAAUGCUACUUUGCCCGCCCUGAAAAAUAUUCAAAAUGCUCUUAAUGAAGCCGGAGUAGGAAACAUUGUAAAGGCAACUGUGCCCCUAAAUGCUGAUGUCUACGAGUCACCACAGGGAACUCCUGUACCUUCAGCUGGAAGAUUCAGACCUGAUGUAGCUGAUCUCAUGACCCAGAUGGUCCAGUUCAUGAGCCAAAACAAUGCUCCUUUCUCCGUCAAUAUCUACCCUUUCCUCAGUCUGUAUGGUAACCCUGAUUUUCCAGUAAAUUAUGCAUUCUUUGAUGGGGGAGGUGAGCCUAUUCAAGAUAAUGGGAUCCAAUACACUAAUGUUUUUGAUGCCAACUUUGACACAUUGGUUUCGUCCUUAAAAGCAGUAGGGUUUGGGGACAUGCCAAUAAUUGUCGGGGAGGUUGGAUGGCCCACGAAUGGUGAUGUUAAUGCCAAUAUUAACAAUGCUGUCAGAUUCUAUCGAGGCCUACUGCCUAGACUUGCAGCUAACACUGGCACUCCUUUGAGGCCUGGAAAUAUAGAGAUGUACUUGUUUGGGCUCCUUGAUGAGGAUGGAAAGACUGUUGCUCCAGGGAACUUUGAGAGGCAUUGGGGAAUUUUCCGGUAUGAUGGGCAGCCAAAAUUCCCUAUGGAUCUCACAGGCCAAAACAGGGAUGUCUAUCUUGUUGGUGCAAAGGAUGUCAAAUAUCUCGAGAAUCAAUGGUGUGAAUUCAACCCGAAUGCCAAGGAUAUGAGUAAGCUACAAGAGAACAUGAAUUAUGCUUGCACUUUUGCGGAUUGCACACCUCUGGGGUAUGGAUCCUCUUGCCAGAACAUGGACACCAAUGGGAAUAUUUCGUAUGCGUUUAAUGUGUACUUUCAGACCCAGAAUCAGAACCUCGAGGCCUGCAACUUCCAAGGCUUGGCUAGGUUAACUAUGAAGAAUAUCUCAACAGAUACUUGCAAUUUUACAAUUCAGAUAGCCUCCUCUGCUCUGAGGACUGCUGUACCUGCGGCUUUCUCUUUGAUCAUCACCGCACUGAUGUAUCUAUUCCUUUGAGUUCGAUCUUGUGGAUAUAAUGAUUCUGCCAUUCUUUUGCUUUCAUAUGCUUGGUCUGUCUGUUUCUGUAUUCUGAGAUUUUGAUACUAGAAUAGAACUUUAUAGGGUAUUUUUUGAUGAUUUAUAUAGAAUGUCAGCUGCAGAUAGUUUUUACCAGGAUAGUGUAAUCUGAGUUGACAAUGUUACAGUUGCUUACUCAAUCCCACAUGCUUCAGUACAAUAGUAUAUUUUUUUAUA